UAUCCCUCAACUCAAAACUAGCUAGCACAUUAAUUUCACUUCUUAUAUAUAUUCUCUUUUUUUAUUACUAAAAGUUGGAAAAAAUAUUUUAAAUUAUGGGUGUCACUACCUAUACACAUGAAGCCACAAGCACAGUGUCCCCUAAUAGGUUGUUCAAAGCUUUGGUUGUUGAUGGUGACAAUCUUGUUCCUAAAUUGAUGCCAAAUGUUAAGAAUGUUGAGACUGAGGGAGAUGGAAGCAUUAAGAAGAUAAAUUUUGUUGAAGGUGGUCCAAUAAAGUAUUUGAAGCACAAGAUUCAUGCAAUUGAUGACAAGAAUUUGGUAACAAAAUAUUCACUUAUAGAAGGUGAUGUUCUUGGAGACAAAUUGGAAUCAAUUACCCAUGAUGUCAAAUUUGAACCUGCUGGAAAUGGAGGUUGUGUUUGCAAGACAAAAACUGAGUUCCACACAAAAGGUGACUAUGUUAUAAAGGAUGAAGAACACAACGAAGGAAAAAAACAUGCCAUGGAACUUUUCAAGGCUGUCGAAGAUUACCUCCUCGCUAAUCCUUCCAUCUACGCUUAAAUGAUGAAAAAAGAAUCAGACUUGCACGUACCUGAGUUGAAGAGUUAUACUAAGGGGUUUGAGUAUUAGUAAUUUUUGUACUUUUUUUUUUGUUGUUGUUGUUGAGUGUGUGUUCUUUCCAAUUUCUAUAUAAUAAUAAUGUCAUGGAAAGAAUUUUGAAUAAGAUAAGACAAGCUUUAGUUAUGAAAAGUUUGUACUAAACAUAAAAUGUGUUGUUCGAUAUAUAUGAUAUGAUAGAUUUAUA